GCUCACGUUUACGCAAAAAAAUUCAGGAAAUCCUGGCAAGAUCACUGGCAGUUUGUAAUUUGUCUUGCCCUUAGAGUUCCUAUCAUGGAUUACUGAAAUUACCUAUUUCAGAUACUACCGUGCUCUAUUUGAAUAUCAUGGCUACUAUUUCAUUUUCUUCCAUACCAUAUUUAUUUAUCUUCGUUCAAUUUCAGAUAUUUAAUCGUUAUUUCGCAACAGUCUGUAUAUCAUAAUUUUGCUCAGACGAUAAAAGACACGAGACAUUUCGAAUAUAAAUUUAUUAAAAAACGAAGAAACGCCAGAUAGAACAUGUAAACUCUGAAGAGAAUGGAAUAGAGUUUUACGGCCGAAAGCUGUGUAAGUUAAAUUUCUCCGUAAUUAAUGGUACUUUUUUUUCAUGCAAAAACCAAUGAAUCAGAAAUUACGUGCCCUACGGAAAAACUUAAUUCGUUUCGUUACACGUGCAAAUUAGGUUUCCCCUGCUUGAAAAUAUUCCCUGUUCCUCUCGGAUGCCGUGUUUUCAACUAAUAAUAAUUCCAGCGAUCGAUCUCGAGCGCGUUUACAUUUCGAAAAACAAAAUAACCGGUUCCGAAUAAAUUAUUCCAACGUUCGCAUAAUUACAGUGGUUCUCUGGAAAUUACUAUAUUUUUUUGCCGCAUUAAUGCGAAUACGUGAAAGGCGGCUGAUUUACGAGAUUCGCGGGCCAAUUUUUGCCGACGGAAAUUUAAUUAAGAGCUUCGCGGCAUCUUCUGCUCAAAAACGCGAUUCUAAAUCACGCUAUGUGAGCCAGACGAGACCUUGGAUUUGGUUAGAAAUGCAGGCUAGGUGAACACAUAGAUCUGCGCUGCUGCAGAAAAGGUGACACGUGAAUCUACGCGCGCAGAAUGCACGACACGAUUAAUAUCGCAAGGUUAAGGUCCUUGGAAUUCACUGCGACGCGAUAAAACAACCCACAAGGAAUUUAGUGCGAACGAAGGCCAAUACCUGCACGCGCUUGCCACCUUUAAAUUAUCGCUCCGCAGCCUGAAGUCCUUGGAAGACGUUCACGUUAGCUUUCUAUCCUAAACUUGGAACACGAUCGGCUCGAAGACGUUCCAGAAUAGACCUCAAGUUGAUCUAACCUUCGUCACUUUUCAUGACUUUAACUUCCAUGACUAUACAUAUAUUCGCAUCUUCCGUGAACAAGCUGCAUCCUUUCUACCCAGGCCUAAUUUUUCUUCCCUAUUUAUUAUACAGGCUCUUAACGAUUUAUAUUUAUUAUUAUAAAAAGUUCACUAUAUUGCUCCAAGUCCUGAAAACAUAUCGACAGUGAAUAAAUUUUUAAUUUAAUUAAAUGUGGAACUAAACGGAUGGUACAUUUAAGAAUUGAAAUAAGAAAUUCUUACGAUCUUGACUUACAUCAGCGCGACCUUUAGCCCGUCGAUUGUUAUUCGAUGUUACAUGUCAUAUAAUGUGGUACGCGAUAGUGUCCCUAGUGUCCGAGAUUUAUGAUAAUUGGACGAAUAGAUCCUCGCAGGACCCAAGAAUUAAAAGGUUCUUCGGAAAAAAGAAAAAUUCGCUUUAAAGAAAUGCACGAAUAAAACGUCGCAUCUCGGGUCGCAUAAACGAUCUCAUGGAGGAUGAAGAUAAACUUAAAAAACGAUCAAAGAAAGGACAAGUGAAAGAAAGAACAAAUAUUUGAGAUAAAUGUACAGUAAGAAGAAGAAAUAGGGAUACAGAAUCUGUCGUGGAGAUGGGAGAAAAUUGGCUGGGCGAUAGGGGGAGGAUAUCCGCAGGACUCUCGAGAGAAGAGAGGGUGAGGAUCGACAGGAUAAGAUUACCGGUGUAAAGGAAGAGAUCCUUGCGUAGUAUUUCCGCCGUAACCCGGUAUAAGUGGUCGGCCGUUGUGCUAGGUUAGUGUCAAGGUCGUAACCGUGUACAGGUCGCUUUGUGCAACGGCGAUAUUCUCGCCGGGAUAUUUGCACGCAGGGUCGUAAAGUGGCGCGAACAGCGCGGCGUGAUAUUUUUUCUAAGCGGUACAUAGAAAGCUAGGCACGUAUUAAUGUAUGAUGCCAAACCGAGGCUGAAAUCUCUUUGCCGACGACACGUUUCGAUAGAUCAAUCGCGUGUGCACCGAUUACGCGAUGGUAAAACGCGUCCUCCUGUUCAUCACCAUUGCCGUACGUUCGCCACGUUCAGCCAUGUGUAUAAAGCUGAUAUUUUUUGAACGACUGUGUCAUAGUUCGUUUUAACAUCGCUACAAGAAGUUUAUUGCGCACUGUCAAUCAAAAGUUUCAGGACACCUGCUAUUUUUAAUAAAUUUUGAUAUCUGAUGUAGAUUAUAAAUUUCAAAUCACUCGACGUUGUAUUUAUCGAUGAAGUACUUCUGUGAAACAGAUUGCGUCCCCAUGCAUACAUUAGUAUCUCAUGAAUGCUAAUCUCCUACACAGUCAUAGAACUGUAUUCAAUAUUCAUUUGAUCGAUGACAAAGAAACGUAUGAAAAGCGAUGGGAAAAAAGUUACUUUCUAAAAUUAUAAAAAUAUUUUUAACGAUAAUAUCGAUCACCGUUAUCGGUCAUUUAUGACGCUAUCUCCACUUAUGAACUGUCUUCUACGCACGAUGUUGCCGCUGUUGUUCGCCGCAUGUAGUGGCCUGACAAAUCGGCAGGUUAUGCACCGUACACCGAGUCUCGGGUGUCGGAAGUCUUGAAGCCGAUCUCCACCGAAUUCAUUCGGCUGACGUCGUUACGACGUCACAGCCACGAUCGAUAUACCCGGCGAACUGGAGAGACCACCUUCAGUGAUAUCAGUAUCAUCUGUAUUAUCAGUCUUAUCGUUCAAGCGUAAUCGGCAUCUUAGUUCAUCUUCUUGAUUUUUUCUUUCCGUUCAUUCUCCUCGAGUAUCACGUUCCGUUCCUUAUUGUUACGCUACGUCGUUAUACGUACAGUUUGUUUUCAUUAAGUUUACUCGUGCCGCUUCGUUCCUUUUCUUCGUUAUAGUGUGUUCGCGUUAAACAUUUCAUCUCGAGCAUCGACUAUAAGAUCUUCUUCCUCUUCUUUUUUGUAGCAUUUUACACGCACAUCUAUAAAAUAUCAAUGAAAGUAAGAAAAUACUAUACGUAAUUUUAAAGUUUUUUUCUAGAAAAGGUACUACAUUGUACGUAUCUCGAUCGAAUAGUAUCGUUAUACGUAUAACACAGUAUAUAUCUAUACUAAAUGUCUCGUAUCCAUUCGUUACGACCUCGGUAUUUUCUUCGCACGUACUGCUGCAGUAAUAGGUAUUGAUGGACGUUCAAAACACUCGAACACCUAUAGUAGGAAUAAACAACAGUCUGUAUACUUUUUUCUGAACACUCGAGCACACAGAUCGAAGUAACUUAAGAUAUCGUAGUAAAGGCGUAAUUGAAAUUUGUAAUCAAGACUGAAUUGUGCAUUAUAUAGUAAACCUGAGGAAUUUCGUGUCAGCAAUCUCCAAAUAUUUAAAGCUGAAAACGGCGAGGGAACGAAUUUACAGAGAGACUCCGCCGGCAUCGAUCCAUCUUUUUCUCUUUCGCCUUUCACUCUCGAGCCAGUGAGUUAUCGAUCUAAAAAGAGCUUUGUUUGUUGCUCGUCGACGGCUGGCGGGACUACCGGUGUUACGACUGCUGGCCACGCCACCUCAAUUCCGGUACCGAUGUGCAAGGUGUAGCGGAGUCAAGGCCAAGGUUGCGUUUCCAUGAUCAACGCACGGCGUUGAUCUCGUAAUCUUACUGCGAUAUCGACAGAGAUUCGUUCUUGCGACACUCCGUUGGAAUUCGAUGUUGUAAGCAUUUAACGUUAUCGAGAAAGUCGUCGAUUGCUUAUCUGCGAUCAUAAGCUCUUAGGUUUCGCAUAACUUUUGUAAUUUACCAUCUGUAUUAUGCCAAGCACAAGCGAUACACAAUACUCUCGCGUUUAGGUUUUCUUCGAAAAAGAUGAUCGAAAGGUAGUUCUAUUGAAUUUUAUUAUUUUGCAACCCUUAUAGCGUACCUCACAUUACCAUUCUUCGUAAUGGAUAUCUUUCAAAAACUAGCUAAGAAAGAUACAAAAAUUUGGUCGUAACUGGAUACAAACGUGCCGUCUUUAAUUUCUUUAAUGCAAAAUUCCAGAAGAUGGUUCCGUUCAGAUCGCAAAGAAUGGCUCUCCGGAGUUAUUUUUUCAUCUUUUCUGCGAUCCCCGCUACGCAUUAGCAGUUUGCGCGAUUCGGAAGAAUUAACGAUGACCAUUGGUACUCUCGUCGUGUGUUAUAAUGCUUGGCCAGCAUGAAACGAUAGCGCAUGCCGGCUGCGUCAUUUAUCCUCGAAUAAAGCUGUGCCAACCAACGAAAAGGCAAGGUCAAGGUUGUGUCCGGACGUGCACACGCGAUGCCGUACGGCUUUUUUGAAUCCGCAUUUGAAUCGAUGUUCCUUGCACGCUUACAACGCGUCACGAUGAUCCUUAACGAGCAACGACAGCCUGUUUCGAAGAGGUUCGAUAAUGAGUAGCUUCGCCGGACCACUUUUUGAAUCGCCUCUUUCUUCUUUUGUUUCCAUGACAAGUGGAUGAAGCGAGAGAAACUCGAAGCCCAACAUACAUCAUCUUUUCUUCCUUACAUUAGCUCUUCGGCUUAGGGGAGAUUGUCUACAGCGGUAGCAAGUGGCGAUGAGUUCCAUCAAACUUUGUUGACCUACAUGCAUGACAGAGUAUGGGAUUUUAAUUUCUACGUAGCUAAUAACUGGCCCGAGGACGCGAUCUGCUUACAUUUCCCCGGAAUGACAUUAUCUCCUCAUGGUUUGCUGUUCGAGAGCGUGGGCGUCUUUUGUCCUAACGACCGACUGGAACUACUCACGUUAUUGAGGAACGAAGAUGUUUUGAUCGAUUGGUCGAAGCCUUUGUACAUUAACUUCAUACACUAUGCCUUAGCGGAGGAGUUGACACGUCUUUACGAGGGGAUAGGAACUAUAGAGAGGGUGGCUGGAGAUGUCUACAUGUGCGCGGACCCGAACAACCUAAACUGCGUGGAGGAAGCAGACGAGGACGCAGAUCCUGACAUACAAGUUCAACCGCUGAAAGCAGAACACGCCGAAGGAAUUUAUGAACUGUACCCUGCUAACGAUAUGGAGUGUCACGAAGUCUUUCUGCGGCUAAUCAGAAUCCUUCCAGCAGCAGGAGUCUUUGUUAAGGGAAGUUUAGCAGCGUGGAUGGUCCAGUCUUACUAUGGGGCCAUGUUCUCCAUGCAGACCAAGCCAGAAUACAGACGGAAGGGCUACGGUACAAAAUUAGCAAGGUACUUGACCAAAAAAGUCGUCGACAAGGGGUACCAGCCGUUCGUUGUGAUACGUCCUGAAAAUGACGCGAGUCAGAGUUUGUACAGGAAAUUAGGAUUUAAGAGGUUGUACCAAACCGUACGGAUGUCGUUCAUGCCGUCAACGUGGCAGGACGAAGAAACGAAGAUGAACCGAGUAUUACGAGAGAACUUGGAGAACGCCGUCAGACAGCUAACCAUCGAGCAGAAAGUUGCGGACGCGUUCAGAAAUGAAGAAAUGAUUUCCAUUAACGAAGAAACCAAGGGAUGUCUGAAAGAAACAGGAAAUUUGUUGGUGGAGGAACCCGAGGAAGGAUCCGAAGAGGACGAAAAUCCUUUGGGAGAGGAGACAGAAGAAAGAAUAAUAGUGACCGAACUUUCGGUCGAAGAAAACGUCGAAGUAAAAUCUGCUGAUAAUACUGCAGAAACUGCGAAUGGUAGCAAUCAAGACGAUGGGGGAACAAAUACUGGGGACGCGGAGUAAUUAAGUACUUACAUGUUCGAUUAUUCGAUAAAAGGUCCAUGAUUUACGUCGAGUUGCUCGCUCGAGUGUACGCUUUUCCUUUCAAGGCUAACGGAGGAAAGAGAGCGAUUGGUAUAGGGACACUAGCGAAUUUCUCCAGCCAAAAAUUCUAACAUUCAAUUUAUACAUAUAAAAAGCUGACUUGGAAAUGCACUUUAAAUAAGCUACAGUUCUUUAACAAAAUUUUUCUUAAUGCUUUUGCAAGCAAACUGAAUCAAAGCAGCAACAAUUGAAAGUAUUAGUUGUGAUAUGCUUUUAGACUAUUUAUUCAUUGACGGGUAUGUUCUAAAGCGGUAGCCUUUUGUGAGGGAGAGCUCUCGAGCGACAUGAAUGACACUAGGAAAGAGAAAAGAAAUUAUUUUAAGAAAUUUAACGAUUUUACGGCACCGCGUUCGUGCGAGGCUUCAAUUCGAGUACGAAAGUACGUAGAUACGAGAUUUACGUACGGGUUCCUCAUAUCAGACUGCUUGAAGUAUGUCGUAAAGAUCUCAGGAAACAGCUAGAUGUAUCCUUUGAAUCGCCAAGUUUAGAUUGUUUCAAAGUCUAUCUGUACCUGUUGUAUUUGGUGGAUUCAUUGUUUCAGAUGUUUGGCAUUAAAUCUUUUAACAAUUUGUAAGUACAUCUGUGUGGAGUAUAUUUGGAAGUUAACCUGAAAUUAAUCUUUCGUUUAAUCGUCUUUUCAGGCUUUCAGGCAAUUACAACUGAUAAUCCUUGACGAAAAAAUGCUUACGUGUUCUUAUCGAAUAGCCUGUGAGUUAUAUAAUAAUUAAUUAAAUAUAAUUAACAUGAAUAUUUAAUGAGUAUCGAAAGAAGAAAACUGAAUGCGAUCGACAAGCAAAGACACGAAGAACCUAAUAUCCUUUAGCGACCAAAAACCAUGAUAGACUUUGAAUUAUGAAUUGCAUAUAUACCUAUCUAAACGAUGAAUCCUAUAAAUGGACAAAAAGAAACAAACGUGAUGAAUCGUCGUGGAACGCGCGACCGCUUAGAAAUUUACGCGCUAAAUCAAUCUGUGAUUAUAAUUUCCCUAUAUAAAGUAGCGUUUCGAACAAAAAUUCAGAAGCCUCGUGCGACCUCGACACGCUUUCCUUAAUACGAGUAGAAGCCAAUUACUGUACCGGUGCGCUCGACCGUAUUAAAUUUCAGGUACGUUGAAUUAUGGGAUAACAACAUUGACUCGACAAGAUUGAAAUCAGGUAGUGAAAGAUAUUUUGUUCGAAAACUUAUCUACGAGCUUGUAACGCAGCGUGCAUGCGACGCUAUGGCGUCAUUUCGAAAGAGUAACUAAUGCCUAAUCUUAAGGCUCUGUUUUACAAUCUGAAGAAAUUAUUAUAAUAUUUUUUUAUUCAAUACAGAAUAAAUUCUAUAAAUACAAGAAGUAAGUUCGAAGUAAGACCUGUGAGUAUAGUGCACCGGCACAGCGAUCGGUUUAGCGUGCGAGCCAAUGAUAAUAAUAAUAAUAAAAAUAGUUAAUAGCGAUCAUACAAUUAAUAUUACUAUUAGUUACAGAAUAUACAUGUAUAAUAUGAAUAUACGCGCAAAAAGGAAGCCCGAUCAGCCCGGUUCGCUUACUGAGAAAAUCCUUUUUUAGAAUUUAGAUGGUUACAAUUUGUAUCAUUUUUUCUAUAUUUUACAGAUACGUUUUAUCAAUGAUACUCGACGUGGCAAACACGUGUGAAAGAACAGGUUUAAGAAGGUCGGUGCUGGGACGACCGGGCAGUUCCUCAAAGGCCCUCAAUGUCCCUCCUUUAUUUUGGAUUUUCGACGUUUCCGGGGGCCAGCUGUGAUAUUUUCCUCACUCCACUUAUGCUCUGGUUACAGUACCGACAAAUUUAGAUUUAGACAAUUGAUUGUUAAUGGAACAUGCUGGGACUCCUCCAAUUCCAUUGAUAUUUUGUCACCGACGUGCUUAAAAUAGCGAAUAAAUUUGUUAUUUCGUAUUGUUUCAGUUAUUGACUCUUAGAGGACCAAGAAAUCCAAUAUAUUGGCAACAGUGGCGUAAAACAUAACACUCAAAAUUAUAGUGUCUUCAAAUUCACCUAAAAAUUAUUAUAACGUAUGAAAAAUUAGUGUCCUCUGAGCGUAAAACGUUUUGCAACAAAAAUAUGUCACGUACGUUACCUUGACCACGUUAAGAAACAAGAUAAUAUAAUUCAUAUCCUAACUCCAGUUUAAAUAAUUAAGAGCAUAAAACUGGAUAUAAAAUUGAUAAACGAUUGGUCGUUUAAACGUACGCGAUAAUGUACAUGUUUAAUAUGUGGAAAGAAUUCUGCGUACCUCCCUAUAUUGCUUAAACAGCAAACCUUGUCAAGUUCGUUUUGCCAGUCUGAGUUGCAACGUUAAUCAUAACCUGAUCCACAAACGGUCGCAAUUUCGAAUACUUUCUUACACUAUGCACAAGCUCGAAUAAAAUUCGUAAAUACGAUUAAAGAUGUGUAGAACGGUUAUUACGAGAGAUAUGAAUUUUCGAAUCGAAUAACACAGAACGAAAAGGGCACUGAAUUUUAAAGUCCAAUUAGUCCAAGAUAAUCUCAACUUCGAAAAAUUUGCAUACGUGAUUUUGGGCACAAGAGAAAAAUCAUCGUAGUUCCUACAUCUAUAACUAGAUAGCGAAGGUGGUUAGUGGCGCUAUCGUCAGAACAGUUUUCCCUCCAAUUUUAAGUUUGGCUGCGCAGUGCAAUUUUCGAUUCGGUUCGUUGACCGCGCCAUGUCAAUUAUAAUUCCGAGUGUGAUAAAAGUGCUAUUUCUUCCGUCAUACGAUCACUAAUUAGUGCUAGAACAUCGGUAAGAUUCUGUUCUUUUUCAAAGAUAUAUUUAAAGAAGCGUGAUAACGUAUAAAUAUUGGAUAGAUGUAUGAUCAUACAAUUUUUACAGACAGAGAACCCAUCUCGAUUCGAAACCCAGUUAACGGAUGAAUUAGCGAAUCUAUUUCUCAGCUCCAUCGUAUUGCGGUUUGUUCAGUCAUAUCAAACAAUGUUUAUAAAUUAAGGUAAAAAUUCACGUAAUAUAGUUUUGAUAGUCAUUGAUCGUCCUGGCGGAAAAGGAUUUCCAGCGAUUAAUGACGUGUGUAUAAUUCGCACAAACUAAUUUCUCGUAAUGGCCGUACGCCAUGUGAUUCCGUUGCAUAAGUUUCAACCAAUUAAUUGCAAAUCAUUAUUACCAAAUACUUGCUAAAACAAGUAAGAAAUAAUAACAAAUAAAUCUUGGAAACUAAUUUUUAGACUAAUAAAAAAUGCAUUUGACUUUGUAUUUAAAUUUUUUAUCUUUUUUUUUUAUCUAGUCAAAAAAUUUAAUUUCGUAGCUCCAUGCAUUAUUGAUUACAGUUCCGAACACGUUUCUUUUUGUUUGUAUUUUUUGCUAUAAUUUAAGAAAAUAAUUCAUCCUCAAUUACAUUCAUUCAAUCUAUCUUUAAAUGAUGUCCCGUUUUUAUGAAACAAUUGCAACGGAAGGAUAUGAAAGAUGUCUGAAUAGAAAAAUUAGGAAAGAAAAGAGCAACAACGAAAUAAUCACUGUAAUUAAAUCUAUACAAGCAUGUACCUAUUAGUUUGCUAAUCGUAGCACCGUGCAAGUCAAUGUUUCGCGAAAUAGGCCUAAAAUCCGUCUAUCGACAUCUAAACAUGUUUCUUCAACAUAUAUUGUAAGUAUAUACAUAUACAUAUAUAUACAUUAAUAUAUGCAUAUAUAUGUGUAUGUGUAUAUGUACAUAUAUACAUAUAUAUGUAUAUAUGUGUAUGUAUAUAUAUAUAUUAUGUAUAGGAAUAUAUAUGACAUAUAUAUUCUUAUAUAUUUCCUCGUGCACGUUGCCUUCCGCUACAACAAAAUCUUUAUCUGGAGCAACCACUUAAAUUUCUGUCAUAUAAUAUAUGAAAGUUAUACAAAAACUGUUAAAUAAAUAAAAAGGAAAUUAUAUCGCGAAUGCAAAAUUACCGGAAGUCUAUUCAUUAUACGGAACGAGAAAACGAAGUUAACCUAUAAAGCGUAAUGCAGGGGAAUGUAGCAUGUCUAUCAGAAAGGUAGACAUUGAUUUUUGUAAUUUGUGUGUUCGAUAAAGGCAAGUAUUUUCAACGCGUGAGAUUUUUUAUGAAAAUUGGACAUUGGAAAUGAGCUUUGGAUAAUAAAUGGAACAAAUAAAUAUGAUUUUCCAACGA